AGCCGCUGGUGCUUGUAAAAAAAAAUGCGCGACCGACGUCACUUCACCAGUCAGUACUGCGGGUGUUUCGAAUACAUUCUAAAUCAUGCUACUAUCAUUAGUAACUGUUUGAUUUGAUAAGAAGUUGAUGCCUGAAGACAAUGAGUACAUUUGGUGGACUGAUGGUGGAAUAUCCGCAGAUUUCCAUUGAUAGAUUUCAGGGGGAUGCAGUGCUUAAAGCAAGGGGCUAUUUUCUUUCUCAUUGCCAUUCUGAUCACAUGGUUGGUCUCUCCAGCAAGAAGUUUGCCGAUAGACUAAAAUGCAAUCCCCACAUUAAAUUGUACUGCUCAGAAGUGACCUUUGAAUUUCUACUGACAGAUGAGAGGUACAAGCACUUACAGGCCAGUUUAUUCUCACUCCCAAUUGAACAGACCAGCACAGUCACACUAGUCAAUGAAUUUAAUGGACAGGAAGAGAAACUAUUGGUUACACUGCUUCCUGCAGGUCACUGCCCUGGAUCUGUCAUGUUUUUGUUUGAGGGUAGUGAAGGAACUGUCCUGUACACUGGUGACUUUAGAUUAGCCAAAGGUGAAGCAGCUAGGAUGGAUCCCCUUCACUCCGGUUCAAGGGUAAAAGAUAUCAGCAGUGUGUAUCUUGAUACUACUUUUUGUGUACCUGAAGCCAUGUUUAUUCCUAGCAGAGAGGAAUCAAAGGAUGCUCUUCUGGAUCUUGUUGAUAGGCAAAUUAGCAAGAGUGCUGGUCACAUGGUGAAGCUAAACUGCAAAGCAAAGUAUGGUUAUGAGUAUCUCUUUGUAGAGCUGAGUAAAACUUUCAACCAAAAGGUCCAUGUUAGUGAUACUCUGAUGAAACAAUAUGAUAGAGUACCUGACCUGUGCACUCAUUUAACAACAGAGGGCAGUCUAACCCAGAUACAUGCCUGUAGAUAUGGGCCGUGUUCACUGAAGAAAGCAACAGAUAUUCUUUCAAUCCAGCCUAGUACUAUGUGGUUUACAGGGAAUGCUCGACCAGACGAUGUUAUUAGGAAGAUUGGUCGUAGGUACAGACUCUGCUUCUCCUUUCAUUCUUCAUUUAGUGAGAUUCGUGAUUUUCUUGCUUAUAUCAGGCCUCAUCAUGUUUACCCUAAUGUCAUUCCAUAUGGAUCAUCAGAGGAAGAAGUUAUUCAAAGACUGCAAGACUGUUUGAGAGGUAGUAAAGGAGGCGUGUCCCAGGAUCAUGUUUCCAUGGCAACUGACUUCCAACCAUUUGGUAGUUUGAAGAAUUCAAGCAAGAAAAGACAGCAUGGUAAUCACACAGAGGAUGAUUUAGAUCAACUUUUUGAGUGCAGUCCAGUGAAACAAAAAAGGACAGAUGCGCGUUCAAGAGGAUAUAUCAAGAAAGACAAUGAUGGUGAUAGUAGUGCAGUAAGAGGUUCUGAAAGAAAGGAACUAGAAGGGGACCAAAGAGAGGGUCAUGGAUAUGAUCUGUUGCCAUGGGAACAUAAAAAUUCCGUUGAGGAAAAUUCCUACAGCUGUACAUUUGCUGAUAGUGAUGGACUGCUGUCCGAUUCUGAUGAAGAGAACUAUGACAUUCCUAAAAUGGAAGUUGGACAAUCUGUGACAAAUAUGGAUGGUGGUUAUGAAGGAAAUCAUUUGAAGUUUAACCAUGUUGAUGAUGGGAGGACUAAAGCUGAUCAUUCAUCUGGAAGUGAUGAUGAUGGUUUGAUGAAAGGAGGAAAAGAAGAUGAAUAUCAGGAAGAUUCUCAGUCUAUCAAUCCUUCUCAAUCAUCUAUCAAUGAUGGCAGUAUAGCUCUCUUUUCAGAUGACUCACAUCAGGGAGAUAGUCAGAAGAGUGGAUCAAUGUCUUCAAGUAAUUGGUUGCAGUAUCUACCUAAUACUCAACAGACUCCAACCAAGGGUCCACAAAGUUUGAUGGAAAGUGAUGGAGACAAACCAGAGACUGUAGAAGAUGAUAUCCAUCCUUCCUGUCCUAUUCUCAUUAGUGAUGGUGAAGACUCUGAUGCUACUCACAUAUGUUCUCAACGAUCUAUACAAUCUAAUGGAUCCUCAGUUAAUGACAUUCAGAUCAUAUCAGUUACCCCAAGAAACCCUGAAUGUUCUUCAAAAUCAAGAGGGUUAUUUACUAGUGGUGAUAGUUUGAAAAAAACAGAUCCUGGAAAAGGAAAUGACUCCAGACCUUCAGAGAAUAGUGUUUUAAGAGAUGGUCAUCAAUUGAAUGGAAGGUUUAGGCAGGAAAAUGAUACAGAGAAUACUUCUUCUCUGGAGUCUGUGAUUGAGAUAAUUAAUUCUCCAUGAUUACUGUUAUAGAUAAACAGGAGAAGUUAGCCACCUAACCAAAAGUCAGAACUGCCCAUUUCCCGCAAGCAUCUUUUCAUCACCUUUCUUGCAUUUUCAUAAUGAGUACAAUUCUGGCAUGAAAUAAAGAUGAAACUCUUUAGUUUUAGUAGAAUGUCUUACCUGUAAAAAUCAAAUAGGCAAAUGUAUUUUUUCUUCAUGGUAUUGAAAUAGCAAUUUAUUUUGAUUUAUUUAUGAAUUAAUACAACCAACAUUCAAUGAAUUGUAGAAUUUCAAUUCAUUUUGUUCUACUUGUAUUAAAAUAUAUAUAUUAUUUUGAUUGCCACAGUAUGCCUUAUAUAUUUAUGUACCUUGAAAGCCCAGCACACACCUCACGAUCCAUUGCAAUCUGAUUUUCAAAGAAAUUGAAUUAGCAUUUGAUAUAUUUCAAUCUAUAAAAUAUGAAUGAGAACUAUCAAAGGUCCAAAUAGUGGGAUGAAUAUUUUAUUGGAUUCCGUACAAAGCGGUUAUCUUCAAAAUGUAAUAUCUGGAGGCAUCAUGGUCUAGUGGUUACGACUCUUGUCUUUCAGUCUUUCAAUUGAGGGACAUGGGUUUGAUUCCCAACUAUGGUGUGUUUUCCUUCAGCCAGAAAUUUACCCACGUUGUGCUGCACUCAACCCAGGUACCUGGAAGAAAUCCUCGAUUGCUCGAGCGCCUAUACAUGGCGGCUCGGCUACAGCCAGCGUAGUUAUAGAUCCAACCAAAUUUUACACGCAAUAUAGUAUAUUAAUAUAGUAGCCAUGCUAUAUAAAUGGUCCAUAUUAUUAUCAUCAUAUUCAUGGUACAAAGCCCAACUGUUUAUUCAUUUAUAUAUCCGUAUUGAAUUUUGAAUUUAUAUUUGAUAAUGAUCUUUGAUGUAUUUUUACCUAUGAAUUAAACAGCUUUGUAUUCUUUGAAGUUGAAUGCAUUGAUAUUGUUGAGCCUCCACCCUGGUGGUGUGAAACCUUCAUUUUCACUCAAUAAUUACUAUUUCUCCCUCCCAUACUCUGACGAAUUCAUUAAAAUUAAAAAUAAUGAAAGUUUGGUAUUUUAUGUUUUGCUUUGAUUUCUAGAUCAGUUAUCUAUAUAUGCCAUUGAAGGAUUGGAUGAUGUCACACACACUAUUUAUUUUGCAUUUGAAUACAUGAAUUGUCUAAGAAAAUAUUACUUUAUGAUGUAAAACUUGGUUGACUGCUCCAUGAACUCAUGUAAUUACAACAUCAUUUAAAGCAUUUAUAAUUUGAGAAAGUUAUGUUGAAAAUCUCUGUCAAUGAAAUUCAAAUGAAUUUUUGCAAUGCUUUUGAAAGAUAUUUCUCAAUGGAAUAUUGUAAACAGAUUUCAUCAUGAACUGUUAAUUAUUCUUUUGUGAUAAAGAGAUGUUGUUUUAUUAGGUUUUGGUUUUAAGUUCAAAUUCCUGAACAGAGCCAUUGUUUAGAAUUGAAAUGUUCUUAUGCUGACUUUACCAUGUUGCCUUGUUUGAAUGAUUUUUUAAGAUGACUGGGCUGACUGUAUUCAGUUGACUAAGAAAAAGCUUCAACUUCACUGAAUUCUAUUUUAACAAAAAUUUCCAAAUAUUAAAACAAAUCAAUGUUGAGAAAUGUUGUUAAAAUUAAUUAUGAAUUUGUGAAAAGUCCUCUAUUAAACAAAUUGUGACAACCAUGAUUUUUUCUGAAUAUUUUUCAUUCAAUUAAAUUUGUAUUUCAUGAUAGUAGCGUUUCUAUACAAGAAUAAAAGUAAUGCAUACUUAAAAAAUGAAAUAUGAUUCCAAUUUAGGAAAUGAAGUUAGCAAUUUUUCUUACUUUGAUAUAUCUGAUUUGUUGGUGGUACAGGAAGUAAAAUCUUGUACUUUUCAGAGAGGUGCAAUGGUGAUCUCAUUGUGACAUUGGCCUACAUCAAUGAAGGUACCUACUUGAACCUCGUGGAAAUGGAUUAUGGUACACCAUGUGUAAAGUCCUAGAGGGACCGAGAUAAGAAAAGUGGAUAGAAAUGGAGAUGAAAUAGUAAGGCUAGAAAGUGAAGACUGUAAACCAGAAGGAGUGGAAAGCUGAAGAAGUAGUCAGGCUUGAGAAGGUGAGAGAAGGCUGGCUUGAGUCGGCGAAUAGAGUAGUAGCAAGAGAUUAGACUCGACAGGCAGGUUGACUGUCCAUCUUCAGGAGUUCUCCUGGUUUACAGUCCUUUUAAGGAACACUCAUUUCAAAAAGAUUACUUUCUCAUCUCUUUCUCGCCUUUCCAUUUCAUCUCCAACUCUAUCCACUUUUCUUAUCCCAGUCCCUCUAGGACUUUACACAUGGUGUACUGUAAACCACUUCCGUGAUUGUUAAUACCACCAUGCAAACCUUCAAACAUCAUCUACUUGAACCUGUUUGAAGAAUAGCAUGGAUCCCACCAAUCAUACAUAGUCAUUUGCUUGUUAUAUUAAUUGGAAGGGGCGUCAUCUGUAGUGGUUAUGACUCUUGUCUUUGAAUCUGAGGGACUUGGGUUCGAUUCCUACCAUGGUGUGUUUCCUUCAGCAAGAAAUUGACCCACAUUGUGCUGCACUCAACCCAGGUGAGGUGAAUGGAUACCUGGUAGGAAGAAAUUCCUUGAAUACUUCAGUUCCUACAUAACAGCACAGCUAAAGCCAUGGUAAUAAGAGCAGUGCUUUGUAUCCUCAUGCAAAAAGCGCUUGAUAAAUCCAGCUAUUAUUAGUAUUAUUAUCAUAUUUGUCUAAGCAACUGCCAUAAUACUUUGAGCAGACCUACCAUUUCAAUAAAAUAAUGAAGAAUGAAAUACAAAACAUGAAUUUAUAUUGUAUGUUUCAUUUGUUUACCUCUCCUAAUGAUAAAGGAAUUAAAUUAGUGGUCUUGUAAUGUCGCAUUCCUCUCAAGUCCAAACAAUGAAGUCUACCCUGAGUGAGCACACAUAAAGGACAAAAUUGUUACCUUUUAUUAAAGUUCACAAGUCAUUUUCAUAUUAUAAUCAAAUUAUCCUUUGUUGAAUGUUGAGUUGUUGUGUUUGUUAACUGUUUAUCUAUAGAGCAGUCACACAUACUCUGAUAGUUAUCAUGUUUUGCAAAGGUCAAUGAACACACUUUAGGGGAAUUUUUGUUUCACAUUCAGCCCUGAUCAACUUGGAAGUUUUAAAUCUCUCCAGCUUAUUGAAUAAUAAAAAGCAACACAUUUUGCUACUAGAAGUAUUUUCAGUUGUAUAAACACAAAUCUUUUUGAGUAUUACCCUUGAGUGAUCCCUCAUUUAUAUAUAUGUCAUGAAAUGCUCAAAUUUACUAACUUAAUAAACUGUGAUGUGAACCAAUAGAAUA